CGAGAGUGGUUUCUGAAUAUUCCUUCUACUUUGUGCCGAGAGUGGUUUGUGAAAAUCGAUUCGUAUGGUUGUUGAUGUACAUAACCUAAAAUCCACAUCCAGCAACAAAAAUAUUUUAUAAAUUCAAUUUAAUUGGCAAAAACAGUUAUCUGCUGUGUUCAUUGUUAUUUAAUAUUCUGAUUUCCUACAAUUGAAUAGAAAUGCUUCCUUUGUCAUUACUUCGCACGGCUCAGAACCAUCCAAUGUUGGUGGAGCUGAAAAAUGGAGAAACAUAUAACGGACAUUUAGUUAGCUGUGAUAACUGGAUGAAUAUCAAUCUGAGAGAAGUUAUUUGCACAUCAAGAGAUGGUGACAAGUUUUGGAGGAUGCCCGAAUGCUAUAUUAGAGGAAGCACAAUCAAAUACCUCAGGAUACCUGAUGAAGUGAUAGAUAUGGUGAAAGAAGAUAUGGUGAUGAAGAAUAGAGGUCGUGGAGAGAUGAAGGGUAGAGGAGGACAGAACCAGAGGGGUCGAGGGGGUGGCCGAGGAACAUUCGGUGGCCGCGGAGGUCGACCAGCUCCUCUGGGACGUGGGCGAAAUCCACCCAACAAGCCAAAAGGAGUCAAAGGACCUUGAACUGUUUCUCGUAAUAUAUUAUGUUUCUCGCUAUGGGAAGGAUAACCUUUUACAUUCACGAAUCACUCUGUAAAUAAUUUUAUUUUAUCCAUUCAAGUGUAUAAUUAAACACUCUUUUAUUAUUUUAUAAA